AUGGGCGAUGCAAGUGCAGCCAAUCGCCAGAAUGGCUCCGCCAAUGGCAGCAGCAAAAAACAGAUCUUGAUCAAUGCUUUUGAUAUGUCCACAGUGGGACAUUUGUCUCCUGGGCAGUGGAAGAACCCCAAAGACAAGUCGGCAACCAAACGCAAACUCGAAUAUUGGAUCGAACUCGCCAAGUUGUUGGAGCGCGGUGGCAUUAAUGCAUUGUUUCUGGCGGAUACUACGGGAGGCCAUGAUACCUACGAGGGUAAACUGGAUGAGUGUAUUCGCCGAGCAGCUCAGUGGCCGGUCACGGACCCAACUAUUCCCAUCACUGCCAUGGCUGCUGUGACCAAGAACCUUGCCUUCGGCAUCACCGCUUCGACUUCCUUUGAGCAGCCUUUCCUACUCGCAAAGCGCUUUUCUACACUGGAUCACUUGACGAAUGGCCGUAUAGGCUGGAACAUUGUUACUUCAUACAAGAAGGCUGCCUUCAAAGCCAUUGGAAUUGAUAGUCCCAUUGAGCAUGACCAGCGAUAUGCCCAAGCAGAUGAGUAUCUGCGGGUCCUAUAUAAGCUUUGGAAUGGCUCCUGGGCCUCGGAUGCACUUUCGCCAGACCCCGAGACAGACUCAUACAUAAACCCCGACAAGGUUCGCGAGAUUAAUCACAAGGGAAAGUUUUACUCCCUGAGCACGCGCCACAUCGUCGACCCAUCGCCGCAGAGAACGCCAUUCUUGUUCCAAGCUGGUACGUCGCCAGCUGGCUCGGCCUUCGCUUCGACUCACGCCGAAGCAAUCUUUGUAUCUUCCCAUUCCCCAGAGGUGCUUCGCCCUAAAGUGCAGAAGAUUAGGGAGCUGGCUGCAGCAAACGGUCGGGAUCCGCAGUCAAUCAAGUUCUUUGGCACUUUUACGCCGAUCGUGGGACGAACCGACGAGGAAGCAUGGGAGAAAUACGAAGAGCUAAAGAAAUACGCGUCAGUCAUUGGUGGCUUGGUACUUUUCAGUGGCUGGACAGGCAUUGAUAUCUCAAAGAUCCCUCUGGAUCAGGAGAUCACGGAGGCGGAUUCGCUCGAAGCGGGCAAAGUGACUAGUCUUCUUGACUCGUUGCUCAAGACUAGCAAGGACGUCCCGAAGUGGACACCCCGUGUAGUCGCUGAGAAAGCUGCUAUCGGUGGUCUUGGACCAGUGGCCAUUGGUAGUCCGACUACCGUUGCGGAUGAGAUGGAGCGGUGGAUUCGGGAGGCUGAUCUGGAUGGUUUCAAUAUUGGCUAUGUGACCACGCCGGGCACUUUUGAGGAUCUGAUUGACCUUGUCAUUCCUGAGCUGAGAAAACGGGGUCUGUACCCGGAAUUGCCAUCUGAGACGGACGAGCCUCUCACUGCUCGUGAGAAGGUUUAUGGCAAGGGCCAGAAGGAGCUCCGGGAUGACCACGAGGGCAGUCGAUAUAACUAUGAUGUAUAUAAAGAGGAGCAGCCAUAUGUGGAAGGCUAG